UGUGAAGAGGUAGAGCCCCUUAUUUGAAUAACAUAAAAGCCGCAUGAAUAUUAAAAUUUUGUACAGCUUUCAAAACUCGAAUCACUAGGAUACAAGCAAUUCCCUCAAAGUCGAUUGCACUUGUCGAUUUCUGGUGAUCGACAUUGAAUGAAAAAAUGGCGCAUUCCCGGAGUUAAAAACCCAAAUGAAGACUACAAAGAAUGACUUAUACACAUUGGCUAUGAGUGAAUAUGAAACUGACGAGCACGACGAAGGUAUCAUCGAAGAAAAAAACGCGGCGGGAAUGAGCGACUUCAGGUUCAAUUUGGAUGAUUUGGAGGAGAAGUUUUUGGAGGAUGAAGAUUUUGCACGAUGCAGCGAAGAAGAGACGAACGACAGCGACGUUUAUGCUGAGCUUGCUCAAAAAGAAAAGGAUCUAUUACUAGCUGCUGAGUUAGGAAAGGCCCUUUUAGAGAAAAACGAAGAGCUAUCGCAAAAAUAUGAAAAACUACAGGAGGAAUUUUCUCAAAGAGUCGAACAACUAGAGCAAGAAAAACACGAAUUAAAAUUGAGGCUCGAGAGGAUUGAUGGCUCGCAUGAGUUGAGGGUACAAGAGUUGCAAGCUGAUAUUCAUGCUCUUCGAAACGAACUUAACUCUGUUAAAACAGCCUCUGUCACAGACUCUAGAUCAAAAAGACUUACAUUUGUUGGUCUCACAGAGGAAAACCAACAACUUCACAACGAACUCGCAAAGGUAAAAAGUGAUCAAGAGGAUCUUGUCAAAGAACUUAGCAAUUUGAGAAAACAACAAUUUUCUAGAUCUAUUAGCAUUGAGGAUGGUCGACUGCUGGAAAUUGAAGAACUCAGGGAAAAGCUAUCAAGACUUGAAGAAGAGAAAGAUUUCCUCCAGAAAAUGGUUGAAACAUUAGCCAUUGCAAAGGAAAACCUAACCAAGGAAGUGGAAGGGCUAAAAGAGAGCAAUCAAUUAAUGCAAAAGGACAGUGCUGAUGCUAAAAGUCAGUUAAAUGACAUCGAGGAGAAGCUCGCUGAAAGUAGAGAAAGCAACCUGGACUUGCUUAAUCAACUAGAUGAAUUGAAAAUGCAGGCGUCCCUGGACCAGACGUCUCGCGGUUCGCUUUUUUCGGAACUUUCCGAUAUCUCGCUCUCGAUGCUCGAUAAUGACGUGUCACUUUGCACCAAGCUCGGGCUCUCGCCAAGCGGCAAACCAGUUAAACAGGAGUCAAGUUCCCAUCUGAGACCUUUCCCCAGUCUACACGGUAAUCCCAGACCCCUAGCCACUUCGUCCUCUAUCGGCGUGGGAGGCUUGGGCUCUAACAAGCGCCAGCGCCAGUCUCUCAGUCUGGACUCGGAGGAGAGCGACCGCGAGGACCUGGACUAUGAUGAUGACGUAGAGGAUGGCCCAGUUUCCAAGGCAAUGAGCGUGUACGAGCAGCUUGAAAGAGAGGAGAUCGUCAACGCGGAGUUACGUCAGGAGAUUGCUGCAGUCCACAACGAACUUGUGGAGUUCUACGAGGGAUUGCGAGGCUCGUCCGAGACUUUAUCAUCGCUCGACACUGAUCCCGUGGACUCGCGGAAUGUCCGACAUGGGUGUCUCACCUCUUUUGUGGGUACCUUUAAGGACGUUAUCACAGACCUUCUACACGCAACACAAAGGAAAAAUUCGGAUUACGACACGGAUGAGCUUAUUGAAGAAGUGAAUCACUUGAAGAGCGAACUUUACGAAGCCCACAAGGACAACGAUGUACUAAAAGAUGACAUCGACGAUGCACUACACAGAUUAAAACUAAAAGACACCGAAAUAGCAAGACUCAGUGCACAGCUACGAGAUCGAGAGCAAGACAUCAGCAGGUUGAAGGAGGAGAAGAGCCGGUUGCUGGCAGAGAAGGGCCCGGACCUCGCCCUAGACAUGGUAUACCAGCAAGCACUCAAGGAGAAAGAGGCAGCUCUGAAAAGAGAGUACGAAAUCUCCCAGGAGCUUGAAAAGUUGAAGCGAGACGCUGGAAGACUUGAUCAUCAACUUAUCGAAGCAAUCCAACAGAAGAUAGAGCUGUCAGAACAACUGGAGGAGUGGCAGUACGACAUGGCCGCCCUCAUAGACGAACAAGUCCAGAAGCAAAUGCGAACGGCAGCCAAAGAACACGAGGCAAGAUCGAAACGAAAACCCGCGCUCUUCUCUAAAGGCUGGAACUGGACCUCGAACAGUAGAUAACCAUAGCCCAGCCAAUCGGAGAUUUGAUACUAUCAAGCCAAUCAUAUAUUUGAUACUAUUUAUGAAGUUACUAAAGUCAAUCUUUCACGCGAAAAAUUUGAGUGUUUGCGUGUGAGAAGAAUUUCCAUGGGAGAUUUCUUCUUGUUGCCAUGGUAACAUUGUUAUUUUGUACAUCAGUGAUGCAGAGAUUGUUGGUAUCCGAACACACUAUGUUGCCUGAAGCCACAGUCAGGCCAGCUCCUAAGUGUUCUUAGGAAAAUGUUUACGCCCAAAAAUAGAUUUAUGAUCUAACUUAUUUGACGGUAUUUAUACAUAAUGUCCUUUAUGGUUUUAAAGAUGUAAAUAGAAUUAAAAGAAAAUUAACUAAG